GGUCAAUCAAAUGCAAAGUCUGUAAAACUUUCGCGGAAGUGUUUUCGAACCAUUUUAAGGAGUAUUUUCGAAUAUAAUACUGAGUAAAACUAAUGCAAACUCUUAAUGGAAGACUAUCGAAGCAGAGUGUGUAUGUUGCAAGUCAUUAGGUAGAGGACUGACUGUAAGAUGGCAAGCUGGUACAACAGGGGGGAUAGGUCCCAAAGGGGCGUGGUAGGUGAUCGGGCACUACGGGAUAGUAGGUCUGAAUCACCUCGUUAUUCUCCAACCCGUUCUUCCCCUGGGCCUCAGAGAACAUCACAGAUGCAGCCAAGAGCAUCUCCAUCAUUAAGAACUGCAGAAAGAGACUCUCCAAAUUCAAGGUCUGGUAUUGCAGGAAGGGAUUCCCCUAGAACAAGGGAUUCCCCCAUGACAAGGGAUCCUCAGGUAAUGAGAGAUUCCCCAAUGACAAGAGAUGCCCCUAUGACAAGAACUGGAGAAAGGGAUAUCCUAAUUUCAAGAUCUGGCACUACAGAAAGGAUUCCAAAUGGAAGAAGGGAUGCCCCUAUUUCAAGAUCUUCAACUAGUGGAAGGGAUGCCCCAAGUAUGAGGUCUGCACCUGCAGGGAGGGAUGUCCCUGUAACAAGGUCUUCAACUUCCAGACAAUCCCCAGGCAGAGAUCCACGUGGGACACCGUAUAAUACAGGUCCCCCACCUUCAACCCAGAGAGAUGAUCGAUACAGGGACCUUGGCACAAAUGUCCAAUUUUCAACUUGGGAAGCGGGUGUUAAAAAUGUGGUAGAUUGGGCAAUAGGUCCUGCUGAGAAGUUACUUGCCUCACAGAAAGGUAUUGGUGACUCCUUCCAUUCAGCAGAUGAACUAAGGAAACAACACGAACAGUUAGAACUGAAAUGUGCUGACAAUUAUGGUAGAUUUGCUGAGCUACGUCAUGACACCGAGUCAUUGUUACAACAGGGACAGUACUCAAGGAACGACAUCCUCUCUCAGAGGGACUACAUGGACACUGUCUGUAGAAGCCUCGCUACACGUCUCGAGAGGAGACGCAACUUACUCAUUUCAUCAGUUAGGUUCCAUAGGAUAGCGGAAGAUUUCUCCAAGAAGUUGGAUGAUUUGCUUGAUCUGUUGUGUUCAGAGAUCAACUGUCCUGAUGUGGAAUCUGCGGAGAGAGCUUUGAGAGAACUAAAUGAAAAAAUUGAUGCAAUAAACUUGUGUGCUAAGCAAAUCCUCACUGAGGGCCAGAACCUGUUGGACACCAUGGCACUCCCAGUGAAGAAUGCAUUUGGGAAGGACAUUACACCAGACUAUAGUAGAGAGAGGGCACACGUUCAGCAGACACUUGAUAGCCUUCAAGAAAGAAAAAUGAGAUGUGAUGAGCUAGCAGAUGUGAGAAAAUUAAAAUUACAGCAGAUUCUACAGCUGCGUACCUGUGAGAGAGAUGCUGAUCAAGCCAUAGAGUGGAUCCUUGAGCUCUGUGAGGUCAUGAUAAAAUCACAUACAGAGAUGGGCAGAGACCCACAGGAAUCUCAGACAUUGCAUAAAGAACACAAAAAGUUUGAGGCAACAGCAAAGGGUACCUAUGAGUAUGGCAAGCAGCUGCUUCAGGCUGCACUGGUGCUACGUAGAUCGCUGAGGUAUGAUGUCGCACCCAAUAAUGAACGUGUUCAUAGACUUAAUGUUGCCUGGAAGAGAUUCUCUAUGGGAAUCACAGAGAGAUCAAAUAGAUUGAGCGUGGCAGCUGCAUUCCAUAAAAAUGCUGAUACGGUGAUAGAGCUGAUUGAAGAAAUCACCAUAGCAAUCAGUAAGGUUGUGACAAGAGAGAUGACACUACAGACUUUCCUACAGCGCUACGGGAGACGCAAGGAACAGUUAAACCAGGAAUAUCAUGAUGCUGUGAAACUUGGCAAAACUCUUAUUGACAGAGUCUCACAACCAGUCUUAGCUGAAGAUGGGAGUAAAAGAGAAGAUCUGGAUGAUACUGGUGCUGAGAUAAAGAGUAAGAUGUCUGCGAUGGAUUACAAGAUGCAAGAGUUGAACAAAAGAUGGCAGCAACAUGUCAACCCUCAAGGUGAUGAACAGCUUAGGAAACUUCAACAACUUUUCGAUGAGAGCCAUGAGUGGAUCAGGGUGCGUAUACAGACCAUGGAACCAGACCUACUGGACGUGGGUUCCAACCUUGAGGAAGCUCUACAGCUGAGACAAGAACAUGACGACCUACUGGCUAAACUACACGCCAAACAAGAGCCAAUCACAGAGCUGCUAACGCGCGCUGACACACUAGCGUCACAACAACAGAAUUACACAGAGGUGUACGCAGCAAUGGCGGAAUCACUCGGCGAAGCCUGGAAAGAUUUAAACUCCCAAUUAGACUUUAGAAAAAUGUUGCUGGACCAAAGCAUAGAAUUCCACAAAAGUGCACAAAUGUUUUCAGAAAAGAUGGCCCAAGCUCAAGGCCAAUUUGGAAACACAUCUUUGGCUCAAAAUGUGGAAUCUGCUAAAUACCUGCUAGACCAGCACCAACAGCUCAAGAAAGGCAUACUUGAAUCAUCCAUGGUGACCUUACAACAAGGCCAGGCCCUCUUAGAUAGGAUACGAGAGAUGGGCCGCCAUGCCGAUGUACAGAAUCGUCACGCUACGACAGCUGCGUGCUAUGGUAUUGAGCACAUGCUGGAACUGCUCCACGACCGCAGGCGCCACCUGGAGGAACUGUGGAUGCAACGUAAAAUUAAACUGGAACAAUGCUUGCAACUAUGUCAGUUGGAUCAGGAGGUCAAGAAGAUAUCAGACUGGUUUGCAACAGCUGGCAACGCAUACCUACAGAAUACAGAGCUUGGAGACUCCUUGAUAGCAGCACAAACAGUGCAAGAGGAGCAUAGCCGAUUUGAAAUUGAUGCCAGGGAAACACAAGACAAAGUGUUGCGUCUGGUACGCUCAGCAGAUACAUUGCUGCACGGCGCUCACCCAGACAUAGAAGGCAUCAUGACAAGGCUCAGAAACAUAGACGAACAAUGUGAAAACUUCAUGCUAAGAUUUGACAACAGACGUAAAAACGUUGCUCUGUCUGUAGCAUUCUUUAAACAAGCCCAACAGGCUUUAAGCAAACUUGACGAGAUAAAUGUGCAGUUGACCCGCACGGACCUACCUAGGAACAGCUCGGCCCUUGCAGAACGUCAUGCCUAUCUUUCUAAUGCCAUAGUAGAAGUAUCUACCCCCGCGCUCCGAGAGGGCCGUAUCUUACUAGAGAGGGUCAGUAAGGACGACUCAGGAGCGGAUGGUGUCAGAAAUAAGAUGGCAGAGUUGCAAGGGAGAGGAGUGACACUGGAGGAGCAGUGCAAGGCUAAAAUGGCUGUAUCAGAAGAAAGAAGCCAGGCUUAUAACCAAGUGCAGGAAACAUACACCAGUCUGCACACUUGGAUAGUCCAGAUAGCCCAGUCUCUGCUAGGACAACAUAGGGACUUGGGACAUAGCCUUGCUAAUGCUCAGGACUUUUUAGAAACACAUGAACAACUUGAUGAAGAAAUGAGGGACAAAUCACCAGAAAUUGAGUCCCUGUUGACAAUGGCCGGGCGCUUGGUCGAGUCAGGAGACCAAGGAGCUCAGCAAUUACAAGAGAAGGCUAUAACUCUACAUAAACAAUGGCAUAUUAUAUCAAUAACUGUAGAGAAACGCAUUAAAUUAGCCCUUCUCUAUGUCUCAUUCCAUAAACUAGCCAUCCAGCUUGCCCACCAAAUGGACAGUGUUGAGGUAGUGCUGUCUCAGGAGAAAUCCGAAUUACAGUACAUCCCAGACUCUACCAUACAAAACACUGAGCAACGCUGGAACACAACACAGCAGCUAUAUAAUGACUUCCUAAACAAGGGGAAGACAUACAUCAAUGAUAUCUCACAGGUAACCAAUGAUCCUAAACUGGAUGUGAAGCGAUCUGUAGUAACCGUGGAAACAAUUAUGUCACAGUUCACCGAACGAAUCACACGUCUUACAGAACACUGGGAAUCUUGGAAUUUACAUAUAACCACUGGUCGCCAGUUCAAAACACAAUGGCACCAGUUCAUCCAAGAUGCUCGCCGGACAAUAGACAAUGUUAUGAGGAUAGAAAACGAGUUUUUCCCAGUGAUCGCAGGUGAAUUGGGCAAUUCUCUCCAAACUGCUGAGUUAUAUCAGAAACGCCUUGAUGAGUUCACUCCUGUGUAUAAGAAGGCCCAGGAGGAAAUUGAGGAACACCUGAAGACAGCUGAGAUGUUAGCUGCUAAGGGAGAUACACACGGUCAGAAGGACCAAAUUGUGAAUGAACUAUUGAAAGUUCACACUAGAUUCAAUGCCAGAGUCUCAGAGUACAAAGUGCUCAUCAACAUGACAAUUAGGUUCUUCAAGAACCUACAUCAGCUUGACAAGCUGAUUGAGAAGACAGAGGAAGAGUACCAGAAGGCGGAACUGCCUAGUGAAGUAUCUAGGGCAGAGAUUAUGUUGAAGGAACAUGAUGCUAAUAAACACAAGAUCUCACAGGUCUACCAACACACUGCUAAUGAAGGGGAGGAGAUUGUGGUUAGAGUCAGACAACAGGACUCUGAAGAAGUUGCUACUAAAGAGGUGCACAAAGUUCUAGAGAUGACAGAUUAUCGUAAGAAGACAUGGGAGGAAAUGUGGGAGGACCAAAGGAGGAGAUUGGAACAAAACCUACAGAUCUGCCAGUUUAACUUUGAUCUCAGACAGAUUCACAAUGAGAUCACAGACCUUGACCGACAGUUAGUCAGUCGUAAGGGUAACUAUGGUAACUCAUUAUCCACAGCCAAGAUGACAUCACAGACAUUCAAACAAUUUGAACUUACGAUAGAAUUGAUUGAAAAGAACAUUCAGAAGUUUGUGAGUACGGCUGAGUUGAUGCUGAAAAGUGGCCAUUAUGCAUCUAAACAGAUUAGAGAGGAGGUUGCAAAUUUGGAAAAUAAAUGGUCUUCCUUCCAUACCAGUGUCUAUGAAUAUAGGGACCUACUAGAAGUAUCCAUAUUGUUCUUUGAAAUACUAGAAGAGUCUGAAAGCUGGGAAAAGGAAAGCAGUGAACUUUUACUUACCAUAGGGCGUAAAUCAACAGAAUGUAAGAGCCCUGAAGAUGCUCAUCAGUUGAUUAUUUCACUGGAAAGCUUCCUGAGGGAGGGACAGCCUAAACAAGAAGAGCGAAUAAAUAAAUUAUCUGAACUAGCUGUUCAACUCUAUGGUAACCAAGGCCCACAGAGAGUGCGCCAUAUUGUAGUACGUCACCAAGACCUGCUACACUCUAUCAACCAGGCCACCAAGGAGCUUGGUACCUUAAAGGACAAUCUCCAACGUAGACAGGAGUCCCCUAUGGAGGUAGAUUCCACCCAAAUACAACCAGUGGUCAUUGCCCCAGUGGCAAGUGUGCCUGCCCCAAGGAGACCAACUGUUCUAAUUCCCCUGCAGAAUGCUGAAAUAUAUGAAGGCUCAAAGUUCACAUUUGAGUGUCGCAUUGACACAGACAUGGAGCCAUCUGUCCAGUGGUUCAAGGAUAACCUGCCAUUGAAUAGCCCUGAUUAUGAGACUCGCUACGAUCGUGGCCAGUGCACGCUUACGAUUGAAGAAACAUUCUCUGAAGACACUGCCCUCUAUACUAUGAAGGCUAAUACCCCUGCGGGACAAGUGGAGACAUCUGCUAACCUUACAGUCAUAGCACUCCCAACCAGUGAGCCAAAAUCUCCCAAAUCUCCCACAAUGCACUCAGCCGUAUAUCGGCAUUUAGCCUUGAAGAAGCCUGAAAUCACAGACCCACCUAGGAAUCAAACAAUACAUGAAGGCAAAUCUGUGAAGAUCUUGUGCCGCUUUGUGGGAUGUCCUGUACCUCAAGUGACAUGGGUGAGAGGGAAUCAACCCAUACUCCCUUCUAGUGUAUUCAGGAUUAUAACAGAUACUAACUACACCAGCCUAGAUAUACAUGAGGCAUAUCCCGAGGAUAGUGGGGUCUAUGCUAUAAUUCUACGCAAUUCAGAGGGAGAGGCCCAAACAUCAUGUCAAUUGACUGUUGAACCAAUGUAUACCACCACCAGUGAGGGCAUGUCUGAGACUGAUGACCAGGAGGCUGUUAAGCCAACAUUCACCUCUGAGCUUUAUGAUAAAGAUGUACAGGAAGGUAGCAGAGUCCGAUUGGAUUGUAUCAUUGUUGGACACCCUGAACCAGAGGUAAUCUGGUUCAAGAACACUAAACCAGUGAAAGAAUCCAAGGACUUCCAACUGCUCUUUGAGGGAGACAAGUGUUCCCUUGUUAUACGUGAAGUCUACCUAGAAGACGGAGGAGAAUACAAAUGUGUUGCUAGGAACCAGUAUGGAGAAGCAACCAACACUUGUCAGUUACACGUUGAACCUCUAAGUGAAUUCAGUGACAUGUCUGCUGCCAGUGUGACCACCGAUGUGGUCCCUCCAAAGUUCACACAGCUCCUCAAAGAUAUACACACAGAGGGAGACAAGCGAGUGGUGAUGACAUGUCGUAUUGUCGGACAUCCAGAGCCUGAUGUCUCCUGGUACAGAGAGGAUGAGACCAUAGUCAACUCACCAGACUUCCAGAUAUCUGCUGAUGGUGAGGUGCACUCUCUUGUGAUACCCACAGCCCAACCAGCCGAUGCUGGAUGCUACCAAGUUAAAGCUAUCAAUGCUGCUGGUGAGGCCAAGUGCUACUGUGGACUAUUUGUUAACCAACCAGGCAAGAUGGAGAAAACCUUAACAGAGAGAAUAACAAAGACCACAUCGAUCACCCGCACUAUGCAACAAACAGUGAUCCCUGGACAGUCACCACCUGAGUUCAAGGCCCUGUUUAGGGAUAUGAGAGUAGGCGCAGGAGAAUCCGUCACCUUUGAGUGUAUCAUCACAGGCAGCCCUAAACCUAAGGUUUCCUGGUUCUUCAACGGUGAUGCAGUCGUCUCACAGGACUACCAAAUCACCAUGGAGCAGGAUAGAUACAAACUCCACAUCCCUGAGGUCUUUGAUGAGGACUCUGGACGAUUUGCUGUGACAGCUGAGAACCCAUCUGGUAAAGCAACAUGCUCUGCCAUGCUACAAGUGAUUGAGUCCCCAACCCCAGGGGCGGGACCAUCACAGAUGGAUUAUACCCCAGAGACUGUAGACACUGCUGCGGCUCCUAUACACCCCCAGCAGCAGCCACAACAGUUUGCACCUCCAAGCUCCUACCAGGAGACUAUUACAAAGCAAGUAACAAGGCCAGUCUCAGCACCAUUCCAGCCGAUUGAUCUGACUGUGGCGCUACCUAUACCCCCCAAGUUUAUUGAGCCAUUGAGAAGCAUUGUUGCCAAAGAAGGCACACGAGUCUCUCUUGAAGGAUGUGUAGAUGGUAAACCUGAGCCAACUAUAAAAUGGUUCAAGGAUGGCAACGAUGUCACUGACCGUGCCGAUUACGAGAUCUCAUUCCAAGGGGGCAGAGUUGCACUGACCAUCCCAGAACUAUUUGACGAUGAUGGUGGUAAAUACACAUGUCAAGCUCGCAACGUAGCUGGCACUUCAUCCAGUAGUGCAGAACUCAUUAUAAAAG